AAAGUGAAAAACUUAAAAAAAAACACGCAUACAAAGCCAAAAACAAAGUGCUCGUGAUUGUGACGUCAGAAAUGACUGACAGAGCGGAACUUAAAGCGGGCGACCGCUGUGAGGAAUGUCUAGGCCAAGGUUUGGAUAAUAAAUUGCGGCAUUUUUACAUAAAUCUCGAGGAGCAGAUCUUGAAAUGUGAGGCUCGUACUUGUUUGUGGCCACACAAUGAUGAAGUCUCAUCCGAUGAGGAGGAUUUCAUGAGGAUGGAGGAUCACCUAAGGCUAGAGGAUCAGAACGAGAAGGUGGAACAAGUCGAGAAAGUGAUGGAGAUUCCAUCUUCACCGGCUGCUCCUGCCGUUAAAGAUGAUGAUGAUGAGUUUAUCAUGAAACUCUUAGAGGAUUUGGCUGCCACAGACGAUAAAUCAUUUAGUGAAUCUGUGGAAGAUUAUAAUCUAGAAGAUCUGCUCCCCCCUAUACCAGAUCAUUUGCUUAAUUUUGUGACAGCAUCACCAACAAAAACAUCAAGUCAACAGUUUGAAGCCAAACUCUUGCCCAAUCUUGUGCCAGCAUCACCAACAAAAACAUCAAGUCAACAGAUUGAAGCUAAACCAUUUAGUACUCCUCCACGCAAGGAAAAUGAUGCCAAACCCUUCGGAACUCCGCCACGAAAGGAGAUUGAUACCAAUCCCUUUAGAACUCCCCCACGAAAGGCAUCCAUUUUGCCUCAACAGACACCUCCAACCGCUCAACCGUUAAAUAUUAUCAUCGAUUUGCCAAAACUCGAUGAAGUUGCCACAAAUAGUGAUUCCAAUCUCCUUCCGGCUUCGCCUUCUGCACAGCCUGUGAAUUUUACCAUCAGUUUGCCGGAAAUAUCAAGGGCAAAUUUGAAUUUCCUCAAUGCCGUUAAAUGCGAUAAAGGUCCAACCAAAGUCAGGGAACGAAGGAAACAUCUUCCAUCCGCUGCAUCCUUAAGCACGGCCACAGUUAGGCAAAUGCUUCGUAAACUAGAAAAACCACCACAAAAUGCGGAACAACAACAGAAAUAAAGCAAAAAAAAAAAACAAAGAUAGAACGCACAAAACAUUAUAAUCUAGAAAAAUAAAACUUUGCAUAUAUAUACUAUAAGUAAAUUAUGCAUGAUAUUUAUUUUUGGAUUUGGCGAUUGUUCUCGCUCAGUUAAAAUGCUCGGCACGCUUCAAGCGCAUGAUGGGAGAAGGAGGAGGCCACACAUAAACACACGCCAAUAAAUGAGAAGUAAUUCCGGUCACUGUCCAAGUAGAUAACAAAUUCCAGAGAGGAGAGUGAGAAGAAAGCGGUCAAGCCAAGUGCGUCAAAUGGAGUACAGGAGAAAGAACGCAGAAAAAAGAAUGUGAAAAGUGUACGAACAACUUUUCAUUAUAUUUAAAGCCCUUAUAUGUAAUUCCUUUUGGCAAAUUAUUUAUGGAUUUAGAGAAAUCGAUCUAAAAAUAUUCAGAAAAGUCUGAAAAGCAUUUGUUUACGUUAGCCUCUUGCCAUUUACGAACGUAAUUGGCAUAUAUUGAUUAUCAAAUA